AUGGCAUCGUAUCAUUCGUAUGGAACCAUGCAAAGGCCAGCUACCUCCUCAACAGCACCCUUAAAGGCUGAUCAGCCUGACGAUUCGAAGGACUCGACGCGAAAGAGGCACGACGACUUCAAGCUCCUAUGCCCUUUCAACAUCCCCUUAAGCCCUGAAGCCGCGGCCGUCAGAAUUAUCAGAAACUUGGGAGAUUUUGGACUGUACUACACGCUCUUUGUAUGGAUUAUACUGUUCAUAAGUCUUGUGCCAAAGCGCAAGGUUUCUUUAAUUUUCUUGGUGGCUAUGACGGUUGUGACAUGCUUAUACCUAUUACUGCUACGUGCGCUGCCCAACUCUGUUGUGCUGCAUAGAGUUAUUGACAAACGAUUGGUGCUAGCUUUGCUAGCCAUCGUGACCGGGGUUGAGCUCAUCCUGACACGCUCAGCCAUCCAUCUUCUUGUUACUUUAGCCUGUGGAAUACCCAUCAUUUUGGUUCAUGCAGUUUUGCGGGUGAGAGUUGAUCUUUUUGUGGGCGAGGAGGCUUGUGCUGCUGGGGAAUUGGUUCCCCUGGUGGCCAUGAAAACUGGUGAUGUUGAGUCUCCAGCUUCUGUGUGAUGGAAAUUGAAAGGACUGUAUGAAAAGAUAUUUAGAGACUUUCUUGGAUGUUUUGGACCAAAGAGGUUAUUUUUGUUUUUUGGUUUUUUGUUGUUUUCCUUGAUAGAUGGGAGAAUUUACAGUCCACAAUUCAAACCGAUCAUAAAUUUCUCAGUUGAUUGAAA